CUCGCGUCAGCUGUUGGCACCGACGUGGUCACGUGACUUCCGCUCUCGGGCCGACAUUACAACAACAAGCGAGCAGCUCGGAGGAGCGGCCCGGAGGAGCAGCGGGGGCGCGAGGAGACGGUGACCGGAGCGAGCAGCAGGAGCCAGCACAGGAACCCCCCCAGCCAUGUUCUAGUGGAAAUGUCCAACCUUUAGGAGCGUCGGUCCCCAUCGGAGCAAAGUCAGAGUCGGCCUUCGCCUAACAUGAGCCAUGGACUCUGGGGGAGUGGACAGUCCAGUGACCCUGAUCAUCAAGGCCCCCAACCAGAAGUAUGAGGACCAGACCAUCAACUGCUUCCUGAACUGGACCGUGGAGAGGCUGAAGAGCCACAUCUCCAAAGUCUACCCCAGCAGACCGCUGUCCAGGGACCAGCGGCUGGUGUACUCGGGACGCCUCCUUCAGGACCACCUGCAGCUCGGAGACGUGCUCCGGAAGCAGGACGAAUACCACAUGAUGCACCUGGUGUGUGCCUCCCACAGUCCUCCAGCGUCUCCGGUCCCUCGGACUCCUUCCAGCUCGUCCGACUCCAGCACUUCAGACGAUUCGCUGAGCCCAGAGAACCCGCCGGCCUCCUCCCCCAUCCCAGGAAGUUCUGACGGGUUGAGGUACCGCUUCCCGCCGUACGCCCAGUGGCCGGCUGCAGCACAAGUCCCUCUAAACGGCGGGCUGCCCCCCCACGUGCCCCUCCACCCCGCGUACAUGCCCCUGCAGAUGCUGUGGUGGCAGCAGAUGUACGCGCGUCAGUACUACCUGCAGUACCAUGCGGCCGUGGCGUCCGCCCAGCCCGCCGCCCCGCCGGCACCCGCCCCCUCCCCCUCGCCACUGCCCCCCGCUCAGCCCAACGAGCCCGUGCAGCCGCUCGGCCCCGCCCACAACCCCCUGCCAGAGGACCAGCCGGCCAACCCCAUCCAGAUGAACGCGCAGGGCGGGCCGGUGCUGAACGACGACGAGCUGAACCGCGACUGGCUGGACUGGCUGUACACGGUGUCCCGCGCCAGCGUCCUGCUCAGCAUCGUCUACUUCUACUCCUCCUUCAGCCGCUUCGUCAUGGUGGCCGGCGCCAUGCUGCUCGUCUACCUGUACCAGGCGGGAUGGGCGAUCUUCAGACCGGAGCAGCAGAACUUCAGAGGAGUGGACCGGGCCGGCGCUCCUCAGGGGGAGGCAGAAAGACGGCAGGACCUCCAGGAAAUGGAGCGCCUGAUGGAUGACGGGAUGGAGGACGAGGACAGCGCUGAGGAGGGGGGCGGCGGUCCAGAGGAUCCGACCGCUGCAGCUCAGCCAGAACCCAGCUUACUGACCACAGCGUGGUCCUUCAUCAGCACCUUCUUCACCUCCCUCCUCCCUGAGAGACCCCCCCACCUGGCCAACUAGACCCCGCCCCCCCAGCUGUCAGCAGGUGUUCGUCCUGCUGCCGGCGUUUGAAGUGGUUCAGAGACGAGCGGAGAAGGACGUGUAGCGAUGGGAACGGACUUGAAGGUUUUUGUGUUUAUCUUCCUGAGUGAUGGUGACGGUCGGCGCCGGCGGACGAGCUCCUCCUCCUGCCCGAGCGCCGACGAGGAUCGGAAGCUUUUAUGGAGAAACGGGACUCAGAUUUCAACCGGAUCUCCCUGAAGCGGGAGCGUUGAUCUUAAAAGGUUCAGGUGGGCGGGACGUGCAGCAGAUAAUUGAGCACAGCGUCUCCCACCGUAUGUAUCUGAUCAUAUGUAUUUAACACAUGUAAGUAUACGCAUCUCUGACUCUUGAUUAUGUGCUUUUUGAAUAAAAACUUUGCUGAAUUUA